UCGUAGAUUAAUGACGUCACACCCAAGAUGUCUGCGCCCACAGGUAGAAACCUGUCAACAUCAGAUAACCAAGAAACGUCUAUUUUGUAUUACUUUUACUUUUGCUGAGGACACUGUCAGGCCUUUCAACCAUUUCAGACCCAUUUCAUUAAUUUGUUUCUGAAAAGUAUCAAAGAUGCCAGUCUCUAAUAAACACGAAGACAAAAUGUUCAACUUGCAAUCUCAAUUGAGAGAAAAUCAGGUAGAUCUGACAAGUUUCCUGGGAGAAUUAGACAAAUGGACAGACGACAUCAAGAAAAAGGAUGAGAGUUUGCGAAAUCAAAAACCAACUUAUGGACAGGAUUUACCACCAGUCAGAAACAGUCAAGGUAAAAAGAAGAAAAAAAAGAAGAAAAAAGAAGAUUCAGUGGAAGGAAAGAUGGAAGAUAAGCCGAAGCGUAUUAGUAGUUAUGAUUAUAGAUCAUGGGAUAAAUUUGAUGUGGAUAAGGCGUGUGAAGAUAUAAAAGAAGAUAGAGAUGAUGUAUCACUAUCAGAUCUAGAAACAGAUUCUGAAUCUGAUGAAGAAUGGGAAACGAUCAGAUUACAACAACAGGCUAUUGAAGAAAAAAAUAAAGGCAAUGAAUAUUUUAAAAAAGGGGAAUAUGAACAGGCUGUUGAAUGGUACUCUAAAGGGAUUUUGUCAGACCCUACAAAUGCCUUGUUACCAGGCAACAGGGCUAUGGCUUUACUAAAACUAGAAAGGUAUGCUGCUGCUGAAUCAGAUGCUACACAGGCCAUCCAAUUAGAUCCAUUAUAUAUCAAAUCUUACCUAAGGCGAGCUACAGCUAGGGUAGGACUACAGAAGUUUGAUUUAGCCAAAGAUGAUUACCAACGAAUAUUGAAUCUUGAACCGCAAAACAAAGCAGCAAAGACAGAAUUGGCUAAAUUAGAAAAGGAGUUAAGUAGAAGUACCCAAGAUAGAGCACCUGUAUCUAGUAUAGAUAUUGUAGAAGAAGGAAUUGUAAAACCUAUUUAUAAACUUCCAGAACAAAGAUCUAAGAAGCCAUUAAAGAGGAUUGAAAUACAAGAAAUAGGUAUUGAAAAAGACGCAAGUCGUGAAGCCGCAAUUGCCAAAACAAAAGCUACACAAAGUGUUAAAUCUAAAGAAAUAAUUGAGAAAGAAAGUCGUCGGUUUGAACAAUUGAUAGCAACAAAAAGUGAAAACACAAAUCCAGUGGAAGAAGCGAUAUCAGAAAAAUCAAGCAGAAUUAAAAUAGAAGAUCAGGAAGACACAAUAUCAGAAACAUCAAGCAGAAUUAAAACAGAAGAAGUGGAAAAAACAAUCUCAGAGAAACCAGGCCGAAUUAAAAUACAAGAAGUGUCAUCAUCUACGGAUGAAACGGUUACAGCGUCUGAAUUGGUUAAGUGUAAUAAAAAAACCCAAAUCUCCCCAAGAUCGGAAAAAGCAAAAGCUCAGCCAUCUUCGCAAUCAAGUUCACCUCGAACCAUUGAUGUUAUGGAAAUGGCUAAACAGAAAACUAUUGCCACAACAUCAUUUCAGUUCAUAGCCGAUUACAAAGAACUGAAAAACAAUCUGGAGGCCUUUUGUGAAUAUUUUCAGAGAAUUAAUCCUACAACCUUUCCAAAACUGUUUGGUGAAUCACUAGAUUCAGAUGUCCUUUUAAAUAUAUUUGCUGUUUUACAGAAGCACUUUCUUCCAUCAAAGAAAAAUGUUUAUCAACAUUUAAAAUAUUUAUCAGAAGUAAAGAGAUUUUCUAUGAUUGUCAUGUUUAUGUCUAGUAAAGAUAAACAAGUUGUGAAAGAAUUAUUUACUGGUAUGCAAGAAAACAAGAUGGCGUCCGAGGCUGAAAUAAACAAAUUAAAGAAAAUAUACCAGAUAUAAGCUUGUUAAAUGUGAAAUAUUUAUAAUAGCAACAACACCUUAUUGAUUAUAACAGGGCUAUCAAUUUGUUCAUAUCUCCCAGUACUAUCAUUGAAAACACCUUUAAUUUGUUCUUUGUUUUGUUAUUAAAUAUAUCAGAAAUAAAUCAAGUUUGGUGAUAUUAAACUGGUGAUAAUAAUCCUAAAUCUUAAUCCAAUUCUCUGGUUUAAUCCCUUCCAAACCCAUGUGAUAUACAAAUGUAGAUUUAAACCGGGUCAUAACUAGCUCAGAGCAACGAGGGGGGUGGGAAGUGUUCUCAGGAGUGCUGUAAAAUUGACAAUGUAUUUCUAUGGUCCACCCCCCCCCCCCCCAAGUCACGGACCUGGGUUUAAACACACCAGGAAUGAAAAAAAAAAAAAAACAGCUGAUAAGCUAUGAGA